AUGAGAAGAAGAAAGAAGAGCAGAAACAUCCUUCAAUCCGUUGACGAUGAAGAAGAUGAUGACGUUGUUGCUGAUGAUGAUGAUGUGAGAAAGAAAUGUGAUCCAGCGCUGAAGAGGAAAUUGUUAAGGAAGUUAUCCGAAGAGAAAGCCCAACAAGAAGAGUUGAAUAAGAAGAAGGAAGCGAACUGGAGGCCCAUUGUUGUUGAAAGUACUGAAGCUGAUAGUAAUAGGAAGAUCAACGUGGAGAUAGCAUCAUCUCCCUACCAGCAACGACAUUUUCUCCUCCAACAACAACAACACUACCAUCAUUACAAAAACAACAACGAUGACGUCAGCGUUCAACAACAACUCCAACAAGAGCCAUUAAGGGAGAAAGAUAAAUUGCUGGAGUACAAUGUUGCGGGAAGGUACGAGAGGUAUUUUCAACAAUUGGACAUCAUUAGAAACAAUAACAUCAACAACAACAACAACAACUACUACAACAAUAACAAUGGUUAA